AUGAUACAUAUGCUAAACGCAGCAGCCUAUCGGGUGAAAUGGACCAGAUCCGGCGCUGCUAAGAGGGCUGCCUGCCUGGUGGCUGCGGCAUAUGCUCUGAAAACCCUCUAUCCCAUCAUUGGCAAGCGUUUAAAGCAGUCUGGCCACAGGAAGGAAGAAGCAGCAGCUUAUCCGCCUGCAGAGAACAGAGAAAUACUGCAUUGCACAGAGAUCGGCUGUAAAAAGCCUGCGCCGGGACUGAAUGCAGAUUUUUUCAAACAGCUACUAGAACUUCGGAAAAUCCUCUUUCCAAAACUUGUGACCAUUGAAACAGGGUGGCUCUGCCUCCAUUCGGUGGCUCUAAUCUCAAGAACAUUUCUUUCUAUCUAUGUGGCCGGUCUGGAUGGAAAAAUCGUGAAAAGCAUCGUGGAAAAGAAGCCUCGGAGUUUCGUCAUCAAGUUAAUCAAGUGGCUUAUGAUUGCCAUUCCUGCCACCUUUGUCAACAGCGCUAUCAGGUACCUGGAGUGCAAACUGGCUUUGGCCUUCAGAACUCGCUUAGUAGACCAUGCCUACGAAACCUAUUUUGCAAAUCAGACUUAUUAUAAGGUGAUAAAUAUGGAUGGAAGGCUGGCCAACCCUGACCAAUCCCUUACUGAAGACAUUAUGAUGUUCUCACAAUCUGUCGCUCACUUGUAUUCCAACCUUACCAAGCCUAUUUUAGAUGUAAUCCUAACUUCCUAUACUCUCAUCCGGACUGCUACGUCCAGAGGAGCGAGCCCAAUAGGGCCCACGCUGCUAGCCGGACUUGUGGUCUACGCCACGGCUAAAGUGCUGAAAGCUUGCUCUCCUAAAUUUGGCACACUAGUGGCUGAGGAAGCUCAUAGGAAAGGCUAUCUGCGGUACAUUCACUCCAGAAUCAUAGCCAACGUGGAAGAAAUUGCCUUCUACAGAGGACAUAAGGUAGAAAUGAAGCAACUGCAGAAGAGUUACAAGGCUUUAGCUUAUCAGAUGAACCUUAUUUUAUCCAAGCGUUUAUGGUACAUCAUGAUAGAACAGUUCUUGAUGAAGUAUGUGUGGAGCAGCUGCGGACUAAUUAUGGUGGCUAUCCCUAUUAUCACUGCAACAGGCUUUGCAGAUGGUGAUCUGGAGGAUGGCCCAAAGCAGGCAAUGGUUAGCGAUCGGACAGAAGCUUUCACCACUGCCCGGAAUUUAUUGGCCUCUGGAGCUGACGCUAUUGAAAGAAUUAUGUCUUCAUACAAAGAGAUCACUGAACUAGCAGGCUAUACUGCUAGAGUCUACAAUAUGUUCUGGGUCUUUGAUGAAGUGAAAAGAGGCAUUUAUAAGAGAAAUGUCACUCAGGAGCCUGACCAGCAUAGCAAGAGUGGAGGGAUCGUGGAGCUACCCCUCAGUGACACCCUAGCAAUUAAAGGAACAGUUAUUGAUGUGGAUCACGGAAUCAUUUGUGAAAAUGUGCCCAUAAUUACACCAGCAGGAGAAGUGGUGGCUUCAAGGCUAAACUUCAAAGUAGAAGAAGGGAUGCAUCUUUUGAUAACUGGUCCCAAUGGUUGUGGGAAAAGCUCUCUGUUCAGAAUCUUAAGUGGGCUGUGGCCUGUGUAUGAAGGAGUCCUCUAUAAACCACCUCCCCAACACAUGUUCUAUAUUCCACAGAGGCCAUACAUGUCUCUUGGAAGUCUGCGUGAUCAAGUCAUUUAUCCCGACUCUGUGGAGGACAUGCACGAGAAAGGUUACACUGACCGAGACCUAGAAGGCAUUCUACACAGCGUCCACCUCUACCACAUCGUUCAAAGAGAAGGAGGAUGGGAUGCUGUUAUGGACUGGAAAGAUGUCCUAUCGGGAGGGGAAAAGCAGAGGAUGGGAAUGGCCCGGAUGUUCUAUCAUAAACCAAAGUACGCCUUGCUGGAUGAAUGUACCAGCGCCGUGAGCAUUGAUGUGGAAGGAAAGAUCUUUCAGGCUGCUGUGGGAGCUGGGAUUUCCUUACUGUCCAUAACACACAGACCUUCUCUGUGGAAAUACCACACUCACUUGUUACAAUUUGAUGGCGAAGGAGGUUGGCGCUUUGAACAGCUGGACACUGCUAUCCGUUUAACAUUAAGUGAAGAAAAACAAAAGUUAGAGUCUCAACUGGCUGGAAUUCCCAAAAUGCAACAGAGACUCAAUGAACUUUGUAAAAUUUUGGGAGAAGACUCGGUGCUGAAAACAAACCAAAAAGAAGAGGACACACCCUAA